UAUUUCGUCAUCUCCGCGUCGCACGCCUCGCGAUUCGGUUCCUCUCGAGCCACCUACCCCCUGCCUACGUUUCUACCCCCUGCCGAUCUAACAGUGCGCCAGCUACCUAUCGUUGCUACCCUGGACAAUCGGUAUCGAUCGAUUGAUCAUGGACGCGCGGCCAAUUUGGACGUUCCGUUGAUUCCUUUCGCCGUUGGAUUAUGUUGACAUCGUGUUAUCGUGAGCCUAGAUUUUGUGAUAGCAUGUGUGAUAGACGGUGAUUUGCCGGUGUUGACGUCCGGUGCUGGAACCUUUCCGAUCGACGCGAAUGAAAGGCCUCGAUUUGUCGCGACCGAUGGUCGAUUUCAACAAGAUGAACGGAAGCAGCGACGAAGGCGAGUCGACGUCGGGCACGUCGGCUGGAGGAGGCGCAGGAACCGGCGACAACACGGAAAUGGAGGAAAACGGGUCGAUUCGCGCCGGUAGCAACAGUUCUGGCAUCGGCAAUCAAGUGUACAGAGAGCUGAAGAGUCUCGGCCACGAUUUGUCCCAGGAUUACAAUCAGCAAUCGAGGACGUCCUACCAAAGAGGCUACUCGCCCGCUAUGGACAAGCAACAGCAACACUACGACAAGGAACGACAUCGAACCGCCUCGUCCUCGUCGAGGGACGAGGACAAGUGUUCGUGGGAUUACUUGGAGAAGAGUGACAGGAAAGAGUUCUCGAGAUGGCGGGAAUCGUCGUACAGGAACGAAGCUUACCAGGAUACGACGAAGCAGGAGCAGAAGGAGCAAUCGAAUCGCGAGUGGGUGUCACCGGUACCGGAAGUCGAGGUGGGGGGCACGUCGCCCGGCGAUCCUCAGGUUCGAGCGCGAAAGGACAUUCCACGGGGAGCAAGAUUCGGUCCUUUUCUCGGCAAAUGGGCGAGCGAACCUUUCAACCCCCGUUACGCAUGGGAGGUACGUACUGCCGGAAGUGGUGUCAGGGGGUGGUUGGACGCCUCGCACGAAACGAAUAACUGGUUGAAGUACGUUCGCAGCACCAACAGUCCACAUGCGGUUAAUAUGCGACACGUGCUGAUCGGCGGACAGAUGGUAUACGAGGCUGUCCGGGACAUAGCAGCGGGUGAAGAGCUUCUUCUCGGUGUUCGAGAACCUCUUCAGUUGCAGGACAUGCUUGGCGAAAAUACGACCGAGGACAGAAGCGAUCGGGAGACCGCCUCGCAACACAGCGGCACCGUCGACGAGGAUAAAGAGGACGAGGAAGAGGGAGAGACCAGGUGCACCGUCUGCGACAAACCGUUUCAGGACAUCGAGCUAUUGGACAGUCAUCUGGUGUCUUGUCACCGAUACCCAGCGGAGCAACAUCGCUGCGACAGCUGCCCCCGCGCGUACGCCUGGCGGCCUCUUCUAGUUCGACAUCGCGCGAUCGUGCACGGAGAUCUUCGAAACUACCCCUGCGAGAACUGUCCAAAGUCGGACAAACCGCAGGUCUUCACGGAUCCGUCGAACCUUCAGCGUCACAUCAGGACGCAUCACGUGGGCGCGAGGAGUCACGCGUGCACCGAGUGCGGCAAAACGUUCGCAACCAGUUCCGGUUUGAAGCAGCACACUCAUAUCCACAGUAGCGUGAAACCGUUCCAGUGCGAGGUCUGCUUCAAGGCGUACACUCAGUUUUCGAAUCUAUGCCGGCACAAGCGAAUGCACGCGGACUGUCGCAUGCAGAUCAAGUGCGUUAAAUGCGGACAAUCCUUCAGCACGGUGACUUCUCUGUCGAAGCACAAGCGAUUCUGCGAUUCCACGCCACCGACUGGACCACCAGGAGCCAUGCCGCAGUUGCCGACUUCGGCACCCAGCCCGUUCAUCGUCUACCGACCCCCUGUCAGUCUGCCGGGCAGUCUGCCCUUCUACCCGCCCAGUCUGAUGGGUCCGUACCCAGGAAUAUUCCCGAACGCUCCGAACUUUUUGAAUACCCCGCUGCUCUUUCCACCCAAGGUCGAGGAGACCGAGAAGAGAAGCGACAGCCCGAAGAAGGAACGCUUCACUCCUCCGAGAGUGCUACCGCAGCACAGCAAAGUCUCUCCAUCCACCGCCGAAGAGGCCACCUCGUCGUUCAGACCCUCUCCUGCUAGACCGCCCGUACAGCCCACUCCGGAGAGCGACGACGACCCUGCGAAGAAACGGAAUGCCACCGGUAACAACGAGAAGAAGGAUCCCGAACACGCUCCGACAAAUUCCAACGAAGAGACGACGGAUCAACCUUUGGACCUGAGAGUUCAAACGAAGAAGCAAAAGCCGCCGUCGAACACUGCCGAGAGGAACAGCCACAGUCCUUCGCCUGUUCCGGCACCGAUGGAGGAAGCCCCGCCGCCUCCGGAACGUCCAAAGCCCGAAGAAGAAGCUCCUGCGCCGAUGAACGUCGACGCCAAGGACGUGCCCAGUAGUCCGCAGCUGAGAACCAGUUUACCGGAGCAACCGCCCACAAAUACUCCGCCGCACAUGGCUUACCCGAGACCCAUUCAUCCCAUGUUCCUGGAGGCCAUGUACCGCGGACCGACGGGCAGUUUCCCCGGGUUCCCGGGUGGACCACCGCCGCCCGGAAGCGCCACACCAGAAUCCAGGUUACUACCACCGCUACCACCGUUCGGGCCACCCCGUGGGCUCCCUUUUUUAGGGACGCUUAUGAACGGACUCAGCGGCGCUAGGCCAGGAGGCGGAGGGUUCGACCUGCUUGCUAGGCCGCCGCUGGGUCCGUUCCCCGGCCCCGGCGUCAAGCCGUUUCAAGAAGCCGUGAUCGCGCCCCACCACCAUCACCAUCCUCAUCACGCUCACGGCAAGAUGAAGGAUCGAUACUCGUGCAAGUUUUGUGGCAAAGUAUUCCCCAGAUCCGCUAAUCUGACCAGACAUCUGCGGACGCACACCGGCGAGCAGCCCUACAAGUGCAAGUACUGCGAGAGAUCUUUCAGCAUCUCCAGCAAUCUGCAGAGACACGUGAGGAAUAUCCACGAUAAGCAGAGACCGUUCAAGUGUCCCCUUUGCGAGAGAUGUUUCGGCCAACAGACCAACCUGGACAGACACCUGAAGAAGCACGAGGCCGACGAUGGCAGCGGAGUCGUCUCCGUAGCCGAUUCGCCGGGUAGCAGCAACGAGAACGAACGAGAGGACACGUACUUCGACGAGAUCAGAUCGUUCAUGGGCAAAGUGACGUACGGCGGCGAAGCGGGCUACGGAAUACCCCCUCAUCCUGCUUACCUGCCCAGCCGAUUGCACGAGAUGCACGAGUCCAAGAUGGAGACCGAAUACGACGAAGACGAGGACAGCGAGGAAGGAGUGUCUCCUCUCGACGAAACCGACGGAUUGUCCCCCGUCGAGGCGAAGGAAUCCACGCCGCCCCCGCAGUACGAUCUGAAACUGAGAGAGAAGCAGAUGCUCAACAACAACACCGCGGAGCCGGUCAUCGAAAUUUCUACAUAGCCCAUAGGUCGCGUAGCUUGAACGACGAGGAUGUCCAGUUGGAUCGGACUGGUCCCUUUUUAGUGACACGUACAACUGUUACGAGGAUGUUUGUCUCGAUGUAAUUUUUUAACCGUAGCUAGAUUCGAUCGUGUUUGAAGUUGCUCGUAGUGACAAAAGUGUUGGUUCGAGAAACGUGUUAUCGGCUCUUCGAGUACGUUCGAGUGAAACUUUCGUUGGGAUUGGUCCCGAUGCUAGGACGAACACGUUGGAAAGGAAGAGUGUUCUAUAAAUUUCUACGUUCGGAUUGUAUCGGGUCAUUUCAUCGGCAAUACGAUUUCUUUCAAAUACGAGUAUCACGGAAGCAAACUCGCCUAUGUAAAAUUUGUUCUUUUCUCGAGAGAAAUCGGCGUCAGACAUUAUUUCGACCAUUUAAAACGUAUCUGUCGAAUAAACCGUAUUAUUUAUGGGAUGGCCUGAAUACAUCGACCCCGCGUUUUUUCGCGUCUGUUAUUUUCGCACCGCGAGAAAAGAGAUCGAACGAAAAAUCACUGUCCUUUUUUUCACACGCAAACACACACCGGUUACGAGCAAGUUGUUCAAUAGCGUAGUUCCUACAGACACGUUCUCAUUGUACACGCGCACGUAAAUUAAUAAUCGUUCGAAUUCUGACCCCUCCCCUCCUCAUCGUCCACCGUAGUAUUAUUUAUUCGUAUCGACGAGUUACUUUGCGUCGCGUGAAAACCGUCUCAGCCGGAAGAAGUUACCGUCGUCGUCGAGUUUCUAAAACUCGAUCUCACCCCUAAACGGUGUUCGUGCAAGAACGAUCUAAUCGUGAAACGAUGCAAAGAGGAUUUGAACUUUCGAAACGAUCGAUUCGCCGAUAUUUUCUUUCUUAGAAAGUCGAUCGAACGUUGUGAUCUUCGAGGAAGAAACGACCGAAACGAAGGUGGUGAAGUUUGUGCUCGAAUAUGUGCCGUGACAAAUCGGUUUAAUAGACGCGAAGCCAAAGCGACGAGAAUAACGACUAGCUAAGCGAGCGUGUAAUUAACAGAGAUACGUUUUAUGAGAAUCUGUGUACAAAUUUCCAUUAGGUGAUAUAACGUUUGUAAAAAAAAAGAGAAACAAAAGAAUACAAAAGUUC